CUGACUGUGCAAAUGCCGAGAGAACACGUGAAAGAAAUACUAUUUUACACAGUAUUUUACUCGAAUACAUGAAUACAAGUUCGGUGAAGAGCGUAUUGAAGUAACUAAUGUGAUGGAAUCAAUAAACCAGUGCCACUGCUGCCUGCAGCGGCCUUCGCAGAAAGAUUUGAGGACACCGUACACACUUCUCGGCAUAACGGAAAUAUACUCGGUCAUGUUAGAAGAAUGCUUUGCAAUGAAACUAACAACAUGGGAUGAGGGCGAGAGUGGUAUCUGCGAGGUCUGUCUGGGGCGGCUGCGGGAGGCGUGCCUCUUCAAGCUGCAGGUGCAGCACUGCCAGGCGGAGCUGCAGGAGAGGUUCAAAGGAACAUUAAGUGUCAAAGACGAGGAAGCCUUAAAAGAUGAGCCCCUUGAAGACGGCGCGUGCUGCGAGUCUCCUGAGCCUUCCUUAACUUCAGACGAGGAGCCCCUGGGGCCGCCGCCUGAAGAUGAGCCGGAAGACCGAUAUCUGUUACAUGUAUCUGCGACUACAGCCGGCGAGUACGGAGUAAGCACGGCGCCUCUGUCCUCGCGCGCCAUGCAGCAGCUCGCGCUGGCGUGCUCCGUGAGGCUCGAGCGCCUCCGCCACUCCCCGCGCGCGAGCCAGCCGUGUCCCGUGACGUCACACCAUGUAGAAUCAUCGAUUAAAUCAGAGUCUGAUGAUGACGAAGUGGGAGAUGAACAGCUGCUUGAUAUGUCAUCUGUUGAGGUCGCGUUGGCGCCGCGUGACUCGGCGCCCGCGCAGGCGCGUCCCGUGACGUCACGCCAAAAGACGACGCCAGCGAGGAGUGUGACGUUGCCUGUUGCCACUCGCCCACAAGCCCACACACACAAGCGUAGCUUAAUUGGACAAAUAAAUAACCAGCACACUACUGCAGUGUAUUCAUGCAGAAUCUGUUCACAAAAGUUCUCAAACGAAACUCUGUUCAACCAACAUGUACACACUCAAAUGGAACUAAAAACGUACAUUUGCGAUAUGUGUAACAUGAAAUUCAGGCUGAAAUCUGUUUUAAUCAGACAUAUUUUUAAGUUACAUAUGAAGAUAAAUGACGUGUGCAAAGUUUGCAACAAAAUUGUUCAUAAGGCGUACUUAAAGAAACAUCAAAGACUUUACGCUGGUGACAAACCAUACAAAUGUAAGGUAUGUGAUAAGAAAUUUGCACUUGUUUCAUAUUUAAAAUUACACCAAACUGUUCACACUGGUGAGAAACGAUACAAGUGUGAAGAAUGUAACAAACAAUUCAGAGAUAAAAGUGGGUUAAACCAACACAAAAAAAAUCACACCGGAGACAAAAGAUAUAGCUGUGGACAAUGCGGCAAACGUUUUAUACAAAAGAGCGCUUUAACUUCACACAAAAGAGUUCACACAGGUGAGAAAUUAUAUAAGUGUGAUGAAUGUAACGAAUUAUUUCGAAGGAGAAACUCUUUAAAUAAUCAUAAAAAAAUUCAUGCUCGAGGUGAUAUUUACAGCUGCAACGUUUGCGAUGAGAAAUUUCCACUAAAAAAACUUUUAGAUAAACAUAAAAAGGAGCACAUUGGAGAAAAAGCUUUCCGCUGCGAAGAAUGUAACAAGAGAUUUAAGAUACAAAGUCAUUUAGAUAUCCAUAAAAUAACUCACACUGGAGACAGAUCAUACGUCUGUGACAAGUGUGGUAAGCAAUUUAAAAGAAAAGGUAAUUUAGAUCAACAUAAAAAAAAUCACGCAGAAAAAUCUCACAGUUGUACUAAAUGUAACAAGCAAUUCACACACAAACAUCAGUUAGAUGCUCAUGAAAGAAGUCACACUAAAGAAAAAGCAUAUAUUUGUGAAAAAUGUGGUGCGCGAUUCGCGCAAAAUUAUAUUUUACAGAAACAUAAACAAAUUCAUAUUGAAAAGGUACCCGGUGACUGAGUGACUGAGGAAAUUAACUAAAGGAAUAUAGUAGAGAUUAAUACAAAAUAGUGUGUCAAACAAUGAUUUCCAAAGUAAGGAUAAACACGUUCAUACAAUUCCGACCGAACAUUCUCGUUAAGCAACACAGGCGCCAUCUGUUGUAUAGUAUGCGUACUACCGGCUAAGUCAGAGAUAGGGCUUCCAAAUACCGAACUUCCCACAAUACCGGUAUUAACAUCGAAACUGUCGUCAUAAAUACCGGAAUCCUGGUAAUCUAACUGGUUAGAUUAGGCCGAAUAUAGAAUAGUUGCCAAAUAUUCGUAGCAUAUCUACUAUCUCUAGUCUUAAUCUUCAUUCACGGAGCCGAACGAUGAAUAUUGGCCUCGGGUGCUACUGUAGGAGCAUUCCACGGGCUGUCCCGUACAAACGCAUUUCAUUUCCUGUGUUGCGACUUUUUUCUCGGCAUUUAAAGCAGGCGAUUAUUUUUCUGUGCAUAUUUUUGACCAUUUGUCAUAGAAAAGGAAACUCUUAUACCUUUAAAUCUUCAGAAACUUCGCGUUUGUACGGGACAACGGUAGACAAUUUCAUGGAAUGCUCCUGUAGGUAUCGAUAGAUUCCGACGUCGUCACCAAGCCCACACGUUGAAAAAAACUUCAGCAGCUCAACUCAGUUAAAUAAGCAGCGGCAGUCGUGAGUCUCGAGAUAAAGUGAAAAUUAUUGGCUGCGAUAGAGUUAGCCCACAUAAAGUAUUAACUUUUAACACAAAGAAAUGAAGAACUAUAAAUAAAUAAAAUCAAAGUUUAUUUAUGUUCAGAUAUGUAGUCAUUCCAAGAGAAUAAUUAUGAGAAAAAAACGAGGAGCGGAAAGGCGUAGCUUUUAUUACCACCGGCCAGUGUGCGCUUUGGCUCCACUAUUCAGGUUUGCCGUUAGGCGUCACAAACCCGGUUUCACCGAAAUCGAAAAAACCGGCUAAACCGGGUUUUUAGCCAAUUGCAAAAACCGGGUUUUCACUUUGAUAAAACCGGCUUUUUCGAGUUUUUCGAUUUUACAGUUUUAUAAGGUAAGUGCAUUAUUUUGAAGAGCAAAUAAAAAAAAACAAUGCAUUCGCACUAAUUGUAUAAAUAAACAGCUUUUUAGUCUCCAACAUUAUAACGUAGAACGUAACAGAUAUCUAUUAGCGCAGUUUUGCAGACAGGCUGCUUAGGUGCCCCUUGAAGGCCUCAACUUCAAGGGGCACUCAAGGGGCUUCAAGUCGUCUUGGAAAACAGUGAUUGUUCCUAUCUGCCCAGUCCAUGAGUGCCUCCCCGUUGGCGUCAGAUUUCCUAUAUCCCCAGUUGGUAUUGUGUAAAUGUUGUGGAAGAAUUAAUAUUAAAGCAUUGAUCCUAAAAAUACUUGCUUAUUUUACAAAUUAUACGUAAAAUCGAAAUCACCGAAAAAACCGGAAACCCGGUUUUGCUGUUUCCCAAAAACCGAAAAACCGGUUUUCUAAAAUACGCUCGGUUUUGUCACCCCUAUUUGCCGUGUUACAACAUAAACAUAUGACAGGUUCAUUUAUUAAGCCCCUUAUGGCUAGAUCCCCGAAUUUCAUGAAUAUAGCUCAAUCGGUAAUUAAAACGGGAUAUUUCUCUGGCUGACUCACCCAACAUUAAAAAACCUAACCCACUUCCAGAUGACCUAGCAAGUUGAAAUUUGGCAUCCAUCUGGGCAAUUGUGUGGUUACGAACCUAUUAUAAAGAAACAAUGUCUUAUUUUUACAAUUUGUAAAAAUAAUUUCUAAAAAAUAGUUUUUAUUUACCUACACACUAAGCGCCUAUCGGAUUUACAUAUACAUUUUAGUUUCGAAAUCAACUAUGAUGUAUGCUAAUAAUUCCUAUAUUUGUAUAGUAAUGAUAUCCCAUCAAAAACAAAUGGAUCUUUAAUUACAUCCCAAGUGAACUAGAACUUGGCAUCCAUACAGAUCUCAAUUCUUUUGACGGCGAAGUCAACAACGACGCAUGUUCUUAAUAUUGAACUUGGCCCUCAUUUCACAUUAUGUUUUUGACGGUAUAUUAUUUACAAUUUGUGAUUUAGUAUUUAUUGCGCCCAAAAUGAGGGGCUCUUCAAACCAGCUAAACUUUAUUCAAAUCUAACGAAAAACUAAUGAACAAAAUAAAAAUCCAUUCUAACUUAAACUUGUACAUAAUUGACGCUUAACACUAACACA